AUGAUCAAUACUGAUAAUGGAUUAAUGUGUUGUAUGUUCCACAUAAUUGCAGUUGCUGGUGUUGGUGCUGCCAAUGCUGCUAGGCCGAUUGUGGAAGAUUUGAUUCGGAAAGUGGUCAAAGAGGAAAUUCAAUCAGCACAAGAAAAGUUUUCGACUCGCCAGAAUAGGAACUCAGUGGAUGAGGCAACUCUUUCAAGGCCAAGAAGUUUAGGGCUGAAAUUCUUAGACAAAGUCUCUGAUUCUGUUUUGACAGGGAAGGAAUUUAAAGGAAAAGAAGGCAACCUCAUUAGAGUUUCUUUAGUUGAUAAUGUAACCGGGAAUCCUGUUGUCUCAGGGCCUGAAGCCUCAGCGAAGGUGGAGAUAUUAAUUCUCGAGGCAGGUCCUAAUGAUAAUGCACAUAACGAGAGUCUUAAAGACUUCAAUAAUAGCAUUAUUAGAGAAAAUGAAAAGAAGAAGCCUCAUUUUCCUAAACCUGUCUAUGUAUAUCUCGAUAAAGGCAUUGGCGUAUUGUCUAAUGUCAAGUUAGGAAAUGAUUCUUGCUGGACGAAGAGCUGCAAAUGCAGGCUAGGGGCAAGAAUGGUGGAUAAAUUCGAUGGAAGUAUGGUGAAAGAAGCAUGGACAGAGUCAUUUAUGGUCCUAGAUAGCCGCUGCAAAUUGUAUGAGAAGCACUACCCACCAUCUCUUUCUGAUCGUGUAUGGAGAUUAGACAACAUUGGUAAAGAUGGUGCUCCAUGUAAGCGUCUGGAUGAGGCGAGGAUUUCUACUGUACGGGAUUUUCUGUUUUUACUCUCUAUUGAUCCUCAGAGGCUCCAAAAGAUACUUGGCAUAGGUGCUAAGAAAUGGAAGACCACGGUGGAUCAUGCUCGUCAAUGUAUCAUUGACGAUAUAAGGAUAUGCUUAUACAACUCUUCCGCUGAAUAUAAAACUGGUGUGGUUUUUGAUACCGCGGGACAAUUUAAAGGGGUACUCCGUAACAACCAAUUUGUUCCCAUUGAAAGCGUAUACGAGGCUGAGAAGGCUGAGGCACAGAAGUUACUAGCAUCUGCUUUUGAAAAUCAGGGGGAUAUAAGGUAUUUUGGUGAUGAGACUUCUUUUCUGCAUCAGUUUCCCUGCAUAUCCAAUGACAAAAAUGCCACCAACUCCUCUGGGCUGGACGGUUCUGAUGGCUGGAAUAGCAGCAUUGUUGAAAAUAUUGAUCGAAAUGAUCCUUCACAGCCAGUUACCUCGUCUCAGGGAAUCAGCUCAUCUAUCAAUCAUUCAAAUAGUUCCUGUGGUUUUGGCUCACCCAGCUCCAGAAAUGUUGAAUAUUCACUUGAACCGCCUUUAGGGGCUUCAUUCAGGGCUCCAAGUUUCUCAAUGUCUGACUUGGACUUUCUUGACUGGGACUCUCCGUUGGAAAGUUUUCGUGGCAAUGAAGCUCUAUUUUCUCCUACUUUCAGCAAUAAUGACAACGUACCCGAGAUCCCUAGGGUUGAAUCAUAUUCUGAUCACCAAAGUAAUGCUGGACGUAAACGCUUUGUUGGUGCUGUUAUAACUCUACAAUGUUUGUUUCGUAUAAGAAAAAGGGUUGCGUCUGUAGGAGAUAGUCAGGUUCACAAAAGGCAGAGGCAGAGUUGA